ACCACGGGAACUUUAACGUCCACCUGAGCGGGCAGGCGGACGGACAGUUCUGCGGCAGCGUAGUUUUAUUACACUCUCCCAGAAGUACUUUGGCUCUUAUUGAGCACAUUUCCUAUUUUCAGAAGAAUAAAGCAUUAAGAAACGUUCGUAUCAACCAAUAGGUGCACGUAAACGGAAGACCGUGUAGCCGAGUCUACGGUUUGCGAGAAGAUUAUGGAACUCUUGGGGCAGAAUAAAGUGGAUCAUCAUAAGCGAAAAGUGGUCAUCUUGAGUCAAGACGGGUUCUACAAGAUUCUCACCCGUGAGCAACAGAACAAGGCAUUUAAGGGACAGUACAACUUUGAUCACCCAGAUGCUUUUGAUAACGACCUUACACUGAAAACGCUGAAAGACAUCUUGGAUGGGAAGACCGUUAAGGUUCCCACGUAUGAUUUUGUCACUAACUCCAGGUUAGCGGAAACCGUGACUGUGUACCCAGCAGAUGUGGUUCUUUUUGAGGGAAUCCUGAUGUUUUAUAAUCAGGCGAUCAGAGACCUGUUCCAUCUUAAACUGUUUGUCGACACAGACUCCGAUGUACGUCUUUCCCGCAGAGUGUUCCGGGAUAUGAAGCGAGGAAGAGACUUGGAACAAAUUCUGACUCAAUACACAACGUUUGUAAAGCCGGCAUUUGAGGAGUUCUGCCUUCCGACAAAGAAAUACGCAGAUGUUAUUAUUCCCCGAGGAGUUGAUAAUAUGGUUGCAAUUAACCUGAUUGUGCAGCACAUACAAGACAUUCCGAACAGAGAGGUCGGUAAGCGGCAACGGGGGGUCAUGGACGGCCACAGCAAGCAACAAAAACGCCCCUCCUCAGAUCACGUGGAUAGCGUGCACAACACAAGCAAGCGGGCCCACCUGGAACCCAGCAGCCGUCCCCACUGAGCAACGGUAAAUACCCCCAUGUUCCAAAUACCAGUGCCAUUUCGUGAGAGCCGAGAGAGUGAAAACAGAACGGGAGAGGAGAUCUGGCCCCUUAACCACGUUCCUCCCGCACUUCACUCUCGCCGACGGACCCUGCCCAACCAAUUUCAGUUCGUCGGGAAAGAUCUCCAAUGUUUCUGCGUGGAGGUAAAUCAAAUCGAUCUGCGACAUACAACACGUAACUCACCUUACAUUGUACAUUAUGUAUCUUUGACCAUGACCUUUCCAAUCGCUUUCAACUAAGAUUUCUUACUGUAUUUCUCUGUGCAGACUUCAAUCCUGUUACAAACUAGUUAAUUAUCCGUCCAUCUCUUUUUUUUAAAAAAAAAAGUAUAAACCGGUCAAUGACGUCUGCCCCAUAUCCAGAACUCUGCUUUUGUGGUUCCGUGUGUGGGAUGGGAAAAGGGAGAAAUCCUUUCAAUGUCUUCCUUAAAGCUCAUGAAUCUUGCAUGUGUGUCAUCCAGUUCGGCAAUCUAGUGUUAAUGUUUCAUGGUGUUCAGUCAACCUUUCAGCCAGUUUUCACAUCAAAGCUGCAGCUGUGAUGCUCAUAAUGGAGCACUGUGUACUCGGCAAAAGCAUUUUAAAAAGAUUUUUAAUACAAUACUACAUUAGGAUGGCAGAUUAGCUUUGGAUAGUGUUUUUCACGUCGGGAGGCUGUCCCAAGAUCACCCCCUGACCUGCUCAGUUCCAGAAAAUAUAAGCUAUACUCAGAAGGACUUUACACCAAUGGUGUAACCUGCUGAAAACUGGUUACAAGACAACUCAGAGAGUUAGAGCACUCGCCUCGCAAGCGAGAGGACCUGGGUUUAAUUCCCGGC